AAUAACUUUGAAUAUGCUCUGCAUUCCAUUCAAUUUAAACAAAUGAAUAACGUGCAUGUGAACGGCAUUGUUAAAUACACUUCAAGGUCUUACAUGUCACACUUUUUUUGUUUGUCCCUUAAAUAAAUAAUAGGUGCUCGUGAAGAUAUAAACGAAAACAUUAUAGCCAUACCAACUCUUUUCGUGUUAAAGCCUAAGCCGGUUCAUCAAAAUGUUUUUAGGGGAUAUUUUUCCUAAUUUUACAGCCAAAACUACAGAAGGAGAAAUUAGUUUUCACGGUUGGCUAGGAGAUUCAUGGGGGAUAUUGUUCUCACAUCCAUCUGAUUUCACACCAGUGUGUACUACUGAACUUGCUCGAGUAAUUAAAUUAUAUCCUGAGUUCACGCGUCGGAAUGUCAAAGUUAUUGGAUUGUCUUGCGACUCCAUUGCAUCACACUAUGAAUGGUGCAAGGAUAUUAAAUUCUAUGCAGGUUGCAGUGAGGAUGAGAAGUUCCCUUAUCCUAUAAUUGAGGACCUAGACCGAAAGAUAGCUAUGCAGUUAGGUAUGGUAGAUAAGGAUGAGCUGGAUGCAGCAGGCAUACCCUUGACUGCACGUGCUGUCUUCAUUGUGGACCCUAACAAGAAGUUCCGGCUCUCUAUCCUGUAUCCUGCUACCACAGGCAGGAACUUUGAUGAGAUUCUGCGUGUCCUGGACUCCUUACAAUUGACUGACAAUGCCAAAGUAGCUACUCCUGUGGAUUGGAAGAUGGGUGAUGACUGCAUGGUGCUUCCAACUGUUCCAGAGGAGAAGGUGAGUGAGGUGUUUCCUAACGGAGUAACCGUGGUUGACAUGCCUUCCGGCAAGAACUAUAUACGCAAGACGCCCUGCCCGAAGAUGUAGCCCUUUGCUAGUGCACCUCGCCUUAUGGCUGACUAUUUUUUCGUAUGUUGUACUUUGUGGACAUAAAUUGUUUAAAACUACUGUUAAAUUUUAAAUGAAUUUUUAUAAUAAAACGGAAUAU